AUGGAACUCAAGCCCCGUCCCGGUUCACCAACAACGGUUACAGGCGGUGGUGUCAUAGUGCAGAGUACGCUAGCCGCCGGUACACUGCCGGAACUCGUCGGAACGGAAAGCGCGGGCAACAGUAGUUUGAUAGCCGGUGCCGGCAGUAGUAGUGUAUCGCCCCUAGCUAGUACCGUAGUAGGUCCGGCCGGCACACUUACCGACCGUAAUUCCAACUCGUGCACGGGCACGGUCACGAAAGGUACGCCCACGUCCUUAUCGGCCGCCCACGGUGGCAAACGAUCGCCGUCGAUCGCGACACCUGUGAAGGGUUCGAGCGUGUCCGGUGGCAGUACGGCGACUGGGUCGACCUCCUGCAUACCGAGCCCCAUCUUAAGCCCACCGGGAAAACUCUUCGGGCGCAACAACAACGGAAUCAUGGUUGUCACAUCAACCCCAUCCAACGAAGCCGAACUACAGCUGUACCGGGUGCUGCAGAGAGCAAGUUUGCUGAAUUAUUAUGACACGCUGUUGGAGAUGGGAGGUGAUGAUGUGCAGCAGUUGUGUGAUGCGGGCGAGGAAGAGUUCCUGGAGAUAAUGGCGCUGGUUGGGAUGGCUUCGAAGCCGCUGCACGUUCGCCGUCUCCAGAAGGCACUGCACGAAUGGAUGACGAAUCCGUCCGCCUUCCAGAGUCCGCUCACGAACGUGGACAUCCCGUCGCGGAUCCCGUACAGUCCCGAGCCGGGCUCGAUAGCGCGCAGCGUUACGACCGCUGCCACUGGACCGUACGGUGGUCCAUCGACCGUGGCCGGCAGCUUCUCGAACCUAACAGCCAAUGCCCCAUCCAGUACAAACCUUCCACUAACGCCACCCACCCCCAUUCCGGCUGCUCCCGCUUCUUCUUCCUCAGCGGUCGCAGCUGCAGCAGCCGCUUCGGCCGCGUCCUCCACGCUCGCCCAUCUAGGCACGGGUGUGGGUUCACUAGGUCACCAUCAUCUACUGCAUCACCACCAUCACCAUCAUCCGCUGAGCAGUAGCAAUCUGAGCAGCACGAUCAGCAACCAGAUCGGUUCGACCACGAGCGGAUCGGUCCAGCUGACGCCUUCACUCACCGAAGAUCAGGUGGCGAAGAUAGUGCAGGCAGCGGAACGACUGUCCCGCACACUGCCCCGGCUGGAACCACGCCAGCAGAGCAUAAAGAAACGAUCGGCACGCGACCUGGAAGCUGUGAUCGCGAUGAGCGAAAGUGAUCCCCGACGGAUGGAGGAGAUACGCAAGUAUUCGGCCAUCUACGGGCGGUUUGACUGCAAGCGUCGGCCCGAGAAGCCCCUGACGCUGCACGAAGUGUGCGUCAAUGAGGCAGCGGCCCAGAUCUGCAAAUACAUCCCGGCACUGCUGACCAGGCGCGAUGAGCUGUUCCCGCUUGCCCGGCAGGUCGUUCGUGAUUGUGGCUUCGGCCAUUCCGCCAGUAUACGAUUGACAGGGUUGAGUCAAACUCAGCAGAAUCGUGGAGAUGAGCUAGACACGGUGCAGCAACUGAAGCGAGCGCGUCUCUCAAGCGACACCAGCUCCGAUAUGGGCAAGGAAAACUCCGAUGACAAUCGUGACAUUUCGAGCGGCUCCAUUUACCAGCAGAUCAGUGACAAACCCUUCGAUUUAACUGAUUCAAGUAAAUUUUCGUACACUAGAUCCGAAUUUGAUGACACAGAUUCUCGAUUUAGUUUUAGCAAUUCAAGUUCGUCACCAGUUCAAGCUGGAAAUGGAGCCGACCGAGAUUUGAGCGAUCCCGACUUUGGCGAGUUGCGUGCGCACACACCCCGUGCGCUGGAUCCAAUCGGUGGUUCGUUGGGCGUACAAGUCAUCUCGUCCUCCGGUGGUCACAUCAUCGCCGUUGCCAACCCGGCCCUAGCACUCAGUCCAGCGCUCAGCGAAGCGAUCUCCAUCAAGCGGGAAACCAUCUCGCCGGAUCUCUGA